UUUAUUUUGCUUGAAAAGCAGAAGUCAGAGAUUGCAGUGACCGAGCGACAAAUUGUAGUGCUUGUGACAAGAGGUAGCCAUCGCGAUCGGUUACUAUACUUGUAGCGGAAGAAAAACAUAAAUCUAACCUAAGUUAUAGUAGAUCUAUCCAGGACGCUGCCGAUUCUCAUCAGUUCUGCACAGUCACGUCACUCAGGAAAAUAAUUGUUUCAUUCCACGAGGACUUCUGUCCUAUUUUUCGACGAUCUUAUGCUAAGACAAGUACUGCCACGGCCCGGCAAGUCCUACGGAUUGGGACGGACUGCUGCUGUCCGCUGGUUUGUUUGUGGCAGUAUCUGGUGGAGCUGCUCGCACACGUCAGCGCAGAGUCAAACUGCAGCAAGUUCAAGCUGCCCCACUCGCUCCAGACACACUAGUAGCAGUAGUGCAAACACGCACAGCAGAAUGCCCAGUAAACCAGUAAUCGUGGAGCCGAAAGGCAAGCACUCGGCCACGCUGAUCUUCUUGCAUGGCCUAGGCGACACUGGCCAUGGCUGGAGUGAAAGCUUCAGAACUAUUCAACCAGACUAUCUUCGCAUUGUGUGCCCCAAUGCCCCUACUCAAUCGGUCACGCUGAACAUGGGAAUGAGUAUGCCAUCUUGGUUUGAUAUCUUCGGUCUCGGUGCCAAUGCCAAACAGGACGAGGAGGGUAUCAAGAAGGCAGCAGGCGAUCUGAAGGCGUUAAUUGAAGAGGAGGAGAAGCGCGUACCAGCCGAGCGUAUUGUCAUCGGUGGCUUCUCUCAAGGCGGUGCCGUUGCCCUACUGGCAGGCCUAAGCUCUGCAAAGAAACUAGCCGGUAUUGCCGCCUUCAGCACCUGGCUGCCGAUUCAUGAGAAGGUUGAGCCGCUGGCCACCGACGCUGGCCGUUCUAUCCCGAUCCUUCAGUGCCACGGCGGCAUUGAUCCCAUGGUAUCCAUCACAGUGGGCCAGAUGACUGCGCAGGGCCUGUCAGCCAUGUGCAAGACGCACGAGCUGAAAGUGUACCCGAACAUGCAGCAUAGCUCAUCGCUGGAAGAGCUGCAGGACCUGAGAGGAUGGCUUGGUAAACGUGUGCCCCCUAUGUAGGCUGGAAGAGACUGUGUGCACUUUCAGAACUACGUCCAAUAUGAAACACUUCUGGGUUGUUGCUUUUUUUUAAUAUCUUCAUGCCCAAAGUCCAUAACUAUUGUAUGGUACACCAAGCAGGUAUCCGGCAUUUACAAAUUCAAGACAAUAUGCGAUCUUCAUCAGUUUUUCAUAGCACUACAAGAUUUUUACCGUUUUAACUUGUGAUUCUAUUAUUAGCACCCUGAUGGUAUUUCGGGUGAUAUCGAAUGCUGUCAUCCGUUAUAUCCGGCUCGAAAUGCUGAAGCAAGUUUGGUCAUUUCAAGACUGAAAUUAUUCAGCACAGAGGCCCAUUGUUGGGCUUUUAGCUCUAUGAUUAUUUAGCUCAUCAGGUGGCGCCCAUGGCAGGCAUCUGUUAUUGAGUUGUGAAAUGAGCAUGGUACGGCACCACUGUCCAGCUGCAUGAGUUGUUUGUAUCUUCUACACAAGUCACUCCUUAGUAAUGAAUACUUGGUACUAGUA